UGUAGUGUUGUGUUGUUUCAAGAACGACGCGUGAAGAAUUGUGAUGAAAUUUUGAAAAUGGCGUCAGUAGAAAAUUUAUCGAGUAGUGAGUUAAGGCGUAAACUUGCAGAAUAUGGAUAUGCAGCAGGACCAAUUACGGAAACGUCACGAAAAGUAUUAUUAAAAAAGUUGAAACUUCUUAUGGUGCAAGCGGGACGGUCAAGUGACGUAACGACCACUGGUAAAUGGCGUCGAAGUUCAUCGCGUUUCAGUUCUGGCGAAGAAGACAAUGAGAAUGAUGAUUUGAAAAUGCGAUUAAACAGCUCCAUGCCUCCCCAGAGUUCUAAUUUCAGAACCCCAGUACGAAACUUGUCAGUUGAAAGUUUGUCGGAUAGUGAGUUAAGGUGUAAACUUGAAGAAUAUGGAUUUCCAGCAGGGCCAGUUACAGAGACAUCGCGAAACGUUUUAAAGAAAAAGUUGAAACUACUCAUGGCACAGUCGGGAGGGUCAAGUGACGUAACGGUUGCUAGUAAGUGGCGCAGAAGUUCAUCACGUUUCAGCUCUGGUGAUGAAGACAGUGAAAACGAUGAUUUGAAAAUGCGGUUAAACAGCAGCAUGCCUCCCCCAAGUUCUAAUUUCAGAACACCAAGAAGAAAAUCGACGGGGAGGCUGAGUGAAUAUUCAGUUACGCCCGGUCGAUUGGGUAUUCGCAAAGAAAUGAAUUCCCGAAAUGAUGUAUUCAGUGUGCCGAAAACGUUAAUUCCUGAGAGUGAUCCGAGUAAAAAGAGGCAUUCACAUCUUUCUAGCCCAGGCUUAAACCCAGGUUCAUUAAGCAAUUCUAGUGUCCGCCGUCUUUCAUCUCGUCCUACGGUCUCGUCUGUAGUUAACGAUGGUUUCGAGACCGGUUCAGAUUCUGAUAUUGACAGCAAGACAUUGGAAAGCAAUGCCAGUCUGGUACUGCCUACAUCUAGUUCUUCAGCAAGUGCACCUUGUUCUUCCUUUCUUUCCCGCCUGUCUUCUGUUAGACCUAAGCACAAAAGCGAUUACAGUGGUGGUGAUAGUAGUAGUGCUAAUACUUUGCUUCGGUUUCGAAAGUCAUUUCAGUCAGCAGGCAGUACUACCAACAUUGCUGAUAGUUUGACAGCAAACAGAUCAGCACAUUCACCAUUCCAGUCCAACUUUGUUAAGAGGCUGUCUGGUACCUUUGGAACUCGAGGAUCUACACCAUCGAGCAUCUUUGAUGUGAAGGAGAACGAUGAUGUGUCAAACUCACCUGAUGGCCUUUUCAACCCCUCCAGGCGGUUGGGCUUCUCGCCUCAGUCAGAUCUGGCUCAGGAGUUCAAAACCACAGAUGAUGAGGUGAAGUUUGGAUGCAACUCUCAGUUUGUAUCCAUGAUUCUUCUGGCCGUGGCGGCACUGUUUUUUACUGUACUGGCCAUCAUGUAUGUCAGCAUGCGAUCGAGGGAUGCUCUCAACUUUGGCUUAGAGGACAAGGCAAAUACCUUCCCAAUCUGUCCACAAGAGGUGGCUGGGGCCAAGUCUGUUACAUCUGAGGAACUCUGUGUGGAUCAUCAAGAACUGAUGCCUGCUGUGAAGAUGGCCAAGCUUCUGCAUCCUGUGUUGAAUCAACGGGCUAUCAGCCAGCAGUGUUAUGGUGGACAUGCUGCUAUGAUGACACACAGUGAUGUCAUUAAGUGGCUGAUGAAGAAGGAUACAACAAGUGGCGGACUUUUGGAGCAUCACUUACGGUCUCUCAAAAUACUGUUAAUCUCAAACCCCCACUGGGGCAUACAAGUGGUUGAGUCUCCAAUGGCAGAUACUACUGGAAGUACAAGUAGCCACUAUAUAGUGGACACAGGUGGCUUGAUUGUGACUGAUCCAGAUUUGCCAGUUCUUUGCUACUUGAAGACCAAAGUGCAAGGAAUUUUGAUCACUUUCAUGUAUAGUAUUCUUGGAAUUUGUGUGCUCUAUGGCAUCAAACUGGCAACACAGUGGUACAUGAGGCGCAGGAAGCAGGACAAAUUAGAAGUGUAUAAGAUGGUAGAACGCAUCAUUGAGCUUCUGGUGAAUCACCAGCGGAAUGCCUCACCUGGGAAGCAGCCAUUCCUGGCAGUCAAUCAUGUUAGAGACCAGUUGAUACCUCCACCAGACCGCAGUCGUUUGGCAAAGGUGUGGAACCAGGCAGUGCAGUGGAUAAAGAAUUCAGAGUCGCGUGUCCGCUGUGAGAUGCAGUCUAUUGCAGGAGAGGAGUUUCCGGUGUGGCGCUGGCUUCCCCAUGCUUCAACAUCAUACAUCUCUAGCAGUGCUAUAUCAUCAGAGCAGUCAACACCUCGUCGCAACAACAAGGUGUGGCAGGGGCAGGCAUUUGAUACAAUGAGUGGAAGUCCUAACUCUCCACCAUGUUCUCCAACCCCUUGCCUCAAAAUAAGGCACAUGUUUGAUCCAGAUAUGGAAUUUGGAGAUGAAUGGCCAGUCCGGGUGCAGGAUGCUAUACUGGAGAAAUGUGCAGAAGAAGGUGUUGUGGCACUGCACAUUUCUGUGGACAGUGCCUCUAGAGAAGGAUGUGUAUAUCUCAAGUGUGCCUCCCAAGAAGAUGCUGGCCAUGCUUAUCGAGCGCUUCAUGGCUGGUGGUUUGAUAGCAAUCUGGUAACUGUGAAAUAUCUGCGCCUGGAACGGUACCAUGAACGUUUUCCAGAAGCUGAAGGUGCCGUUGUACCCAUACACCCAUCCAAUAAUCAGAAACUCAGCUUGCAGUGGCAGAAUCCAUUGGAGAGCAAUUGAAAUGUAGGUUUUACUCUGUUGCUCAAGGUGAAUUUGGGCUGGUAGAGUGAAACCAUUUUCUAGGUAAAUGAACAUGUGGACUGUACUAUGGUUAACAUGUGUGGACAAUUUGUUUUUAUUUAAAUAUCAUUGUAACAUUUAUAGUGUGAUCGUUUGUACAAUAUUUUCCCAUUUUUAGGUGCUUGGAUGACACGGUCCCAGUUAGUAGAUGUAGAACCAGGAAGUGCAGUAAUGAUAUAUUUUCAUGUAUACAAAUUUGUAACAGAUAAAGGAUUAAAAAUUUCUCAUUUUUACUAUUGUUCA